AUGCUUUUUCUCUUUACUGCUUGCUGUGGCUUCGUUUUCCUUUGCCUCCUUGCUGCUGUCAUCGUUUGCUGGUGCUUUGCCGACCGCUGGGUCGGAGGCCUCGCCACGGCUAUUGCAGCAGUGGUUGCAGCGGGUUUGCUGCUGCUGGCUUCCGUGUUUGUGCCUCGGCUGAUGCUGGCUGAGGCCUCUCGAAGAGCAGCAGCAGCAUUUAAAGAGUUUCAGCCAAAUUUAAUUAUUGCCAACUCCAUUGGCUGCUCCAUUCUCUUCAACUUGAAGGUCCCCAAGACGCCCCUCCUGCUGCUGUCGCCCUCCUGCGCAGCCUUCAGGCCUGCUGCAGCAGCAGCAGCAAAAGUGUCUCUGCGCAGGUGGCCAUACACUCUAGUUGUGCUGCAGGCGCAACAGCAGCAGCAGCAAAACAAAUUCGACGAGGCCCUCAAACUCAUUCAAACUGCGCAGCCAGGCAGCAGCAGACUUGAAAUUCUCGAGAGCGACAGUGCCUCUUUCAAAAGGAUAUCCAGCGACGACCUCAGAUCUUGGGUGGAGGAGGUGUGGGAGAGAGGGCGGCAGCAAGUGCUGCAGCAGGCGCAGCAGCGCGAAGCAAAAGUGGAUUUGUCUCUUUUUCUCGAGCCUACGAGCAGCAGCAGCAGCAGUGCAAAGGACACCGCGCAGCAGCAGCAGUAG